CUAUAUAUAGCCUAGAGUAACGAAAAGGGAAGUUGGUCUGUAAGGAACAACAUCACGAUAUACAUUGGCGACAUCCUUUACCGGCAUCACCUGAUGUGUCCUAUCGCCUGAUCUAAUGAGAUGUCCUAAUCCGACAUGACCGGAAAAUUAGAUCCUCAAGUGUUCAUCUCAUAUAGUGCGAAAGAUUUAGAUUUAGUACGGGAAAUUCAGCGUGGCUUACAAUGGAAACAGCCGGAAUUGAAGGUGUUCGUAGCGACAGACGACCUCUACGGAGGCCAGUCAACAAUAGACGGCAUUGUCGACGGAAUCCAUCGCAGUUCGAAAUGCUUACUUCUGGUUACAAAAAAUUCUCUCAAGAGCUCAUGGUUUGCUUUUGAAACGACAUUAUCUUUAGAAUGGUCGGAACAAUUAGGACGAUUCUGCAGCGUGAUGAUCUUAUACGGAGUAACUGUGAACGAGCUCCCACAUUUUGCAUUGUUCGACAUAAUGCCAAAGAUACAGAUAAAACUGGACUCUAGUGGCAGCUGGGUUGAAGAUCAGAUCUGUGACGUCAUCCAAUUAAUUCAAAAGGAUAUUCCAAUCGAUAGAACACUUCCUGUUGGAAACGUUGCGCAUGCGCAAGCGUGGUCUCAUUUCUUUGGCUUCCACAAGGUGGUACACGGACUACUCGAACAGAGGAUCAGGGAAUCCAAAUGGUAUAAGGAAAACCCAGCCAACUUCCCUAUCAAAAUCUACGAGCUGAUAUCGAAAUGUUGUGAUUCCUCCUCGUUCACCAGUGACACCAGAAUAACUAAGGUUGGAUGCCUGGACCCAAUAGUUGUCACCAGAGCUGGUAACAAGACCAGACCGUAUUACCUAAAUGUGUACUGUAUACAGGACCGAGGACAGAAAUACUACUGUAUCGCACAGUACCCCAACGUACUUAGCGCCAUUCUGAAGAUGGAACAGUCGCCUCACAUACAGAUGGAAGCGUAUGAAAAAGAAAUGCAACUUGCACGAUUCAACUUCACGCUAAGUGCCAUCUUACACCAUGAUGUUAAUAAAACCUGUCAUCGCCAAUCCCGUCUGUUGGAGUUUGAGGGUACACAGGAACCCCAUAGUGUGUUAUUGAACGCAAUCAAAACAGACGUUAGGGAGGGAGAUUCAAAUGUUUUGACGGAAUUCUGGUCGGGAAAACUGGCAACGGCACCAUCUUUUUAUAAUGAUUUAGAGACGGAUUGCGAGGAUCAUGUCAAAGAAUUCGAUGCCGUCAUCAUUUGUGGGGAAAGUGAUGAAGCCAGAGCGUACGAAAUAGAGGAUUUUCUGGUCAAACAAAGAAUCAAAGUUAAACCUCUGUUAGCAGGAGAACGUAUUUUAAGAGAUCUCGGGGACGCCGCUGAGCACUGUCGUUGGAUCAUCUUGAUUCUAACACAGAGAAGUCUAAAGGAGAAGGCGUUCAACCUGUUCACGGUUUCCAUGCUAGAAGACAGUAUCAGCAAGAAUAAUGUCAGCAUUAUCCCUAUUGUUGACGACCUGACUUCUGGCCGAAUCCCUUCACAACUACGGUGGAUCACCUACAUCGAUAUGCGUACAAAAGGAUACAAGGAACGCAUAUGUAAAGCCCUGAGAGACGAGAGAAUCCCUUUGGCCCUGGAAACAGCUCACAUUCCAGCUGGUAAUUUAGGCUAUGGAUUAGCAUGGGGUUACAUUGUAAACUACAUGAAAACAGUCCUUACUGAAUUUGGCUCACAUCUGAAGAAGUUGUUCAUGAUGGAGAAAAAAGGGGAUAUCAUGAAAUCUUGUCCCGAAAAAAUGUAUGUGUUGAUGCCGAGAAGCUGUAAAUGCACAGGACUUAUAAGCUAUGAUUGGCCGUAUGUUGAACACAUCUGUUCUUUUACCAGAAUAAAGGAAGACCUAGGCGGUGCUAACAUGGUGAAAUCGUUGGAUAUAUAUUCUGUUACUGAUGACGAUAACAUUCGGCCGCAGAAACACUACUUCAUUGGUCAGUACCCAGCUCCCGUUUUAUGUCUAUGGGAGAUGAACGAAUCACGAAUCGCUAGCAUAACAGAUCAUACCAUGGAGAGAGAGGCGGAACGAUUCCGACACACGUUUGAAUGCUUAAUGAAGGGAAAGGUUGGCAAUGGGUUGCAUAAGAAAUGUGAAAUCGUCGAGUUUGAUGACUCUAAUCCAGACGAUCUCCGUCAAAAACUUGUGCCAAUACUCAGGAGAGACUAUAGGAGAUGUCAAUGACGAACAAAUAAUUCAUUAGUCUGAAUCCAUUGAUCUGAAGAAUUGACGAGGUGCGACGAAAGCACUGAAAACGUGUUGUCGAUUGUUUUUUUUCUUUGUAUAUAUAGUAACAUAUUGUCCCGAAGAGGUUCGUCUUUUUAGCAGAAAACGAAUGUUUACCGACAAUAUGCGAUCUGGACCAUUGCGUGUGUACAAUCUGUAUAUCCAGAGUAUUUAUAUAUUGCAAGUACGCUCUUUAACACCGACGUACUUCAACUCUCAAGUUUAAUUUAAAACAUCAUAAUUCCGUUUCUGCAGAAAUUGAGAUUAUGUGCAUUAAGCUAUGGUCGUAUGAAAUAUUCUAGACAAAUCCAAAAUGUAUAAGCCACUGAAAGUUGGAUAAUCGUCAUACUGCAAUACACAACUGUGGGAUAAUGAUCGCUCUAACUAAUUUACACCAAAUUAUAAUGUUGUUGCUCUACGUUACCAACGUUAAUUGUGUCGUCGAUUUUGGACUCUGUGUACGCCGGGUGCCAUACUGAAUCUGAUGGUUUACUUCUAGCAAUAAUGGGUACGCGAACUGUUAUAACCGUGAACUUGUCGAACAAUUCAACAACAUGGUUUCACGUAGAUAUUGUGAACCAUUACGACAUCAGCUAAUGACAAGAAAGGUUACAUAUCUAUGUAGCGUCACUUGACACGUUGAUAAUAGUGCCCUUCUCAUCACUCUGGCACUCGUAGAUAAAGACUUGUAUAUUGUUGGUGAUAAGCUUAGAUGUAACAAAAUAUUAAAACAUUGGAAUAGGGUACUUAAUCCUUCAAAGACAGGAUUUACCCAGCGUGACCAGGCAUUGUAAGGUCCAUUCUUCGGUAACGUUAACCGACAAAACGGUGAAAACACGAAUCUUACCAGGACGUGUGCAUAUUUAGACUACGAUAUAAAGAAUUGAAAAGAGGCACAUGGCCAAAGGGCAAUGUUAUACUAUAUUUGUACAUAAUUUAACAUUUGCACGAUGGGAGAUUCCGCUAAAUCAUGAUUGCGCUGUAGUUCAUUGUUGGCGCGCUAAUCCCAUCAUUCCGAUAAUCUAUUUUUAGAUUUGUUUUGUGCCAAAAUGUUAGCCCAUUGUAUUAGAUACGUACAUACAUUAUGUAAAAUGGAAAUAUCAAGUACAAUGUAGUUGAACCUUUCUGUCAAUCUGUUUAUUUCCAUGCCUUAUUCCACUGCUGUAUGUUACUAAAGAACCGACGAGAUUAUCAAAUAAGUAGGCCAAUCACGUCAGUACUUGUUAAUAUGUAUAUAGAUGUAUUUUAACAUAACUGUAAGUAGCUGAUCAAUCUUAAAUUAUUGAAUGUAAUGUUGUGAUUGUCAUAUUAUAUGCCAACUUCCAAACCGUCA